AUGACUGCUGCCCAGUUUGCAAAAGUACACGCCCAAUACAACGCACUCGACGUGCCACAUUCAGUCGUCUUUCCCUUCCUUCAUGGCGUAGACGGAGACAACGUCGCGCAAAACACCUUCUUCAGGGCUCCUCUCUCUGGUCAACCCGCCCCCAAUUAUCGAGGCCUGACCGUCGUUCGAGCAGAUCUGCCCACACCUGCUCAGCAAGCCCAGAUGAUGAAGCAACACCAGCAAGAGCAGCGUCGACGCAACGAUUGCGUCAUGGUAGAGACAGCCUCAUUCUUCACGCCUCCUCAGAAUCCUGGCGUCAAUUUGCGUAAUUUCAAGAUCCAGGCUGCAAAGUACGCAACGAUUUCCGACAUUGUCAUCUACUGUCCUUUUGGGAUCCACGAAGGGGCUGUCACUCUCGCAAAGUGGUUCAGAGAAGCUCAAGAGACCUGUUGGGAGAAUCGACUCGAGCGAAAGCUCGGUGGCCUGCGCUACAACGUCUUCGUAGUGACCGAGGCGUUUGACGCAUUCGAACAAUUCCCGCAUCUGAUCGCUAUCGACCGUCACGGCGUACCCCAUGACCGCGUCGACUUUGUCGAUCGAGAGCGCGAAGAAAUGCAGCGCUUGACCACCGCGACUGCCAUCGAUGACAAUGUCUGGCUGGGUUGCUCCGCCGACGUUCCUCUGAUCAGAGCCAACCCCAAUGGCUUCUCGAUCUGCAUCGAGUGCCACGACGCCGCUGACGUCCCAGAUUCAAAUAAGCUGCAGCAUGCAUCUCAGUUCCUUGACGCCUACGACUCUCUCCCUGCGCGAUCCGAAGGGAAAGGAUUUGACGGAGACGGUCCCUCCGACUUGGUCCACCUGGAGUGCUCCUCUGUCAGCGGUCUCACCGAAGAAGCGCAAUUCGCCAAGGCCGCUUCCGACAUCCUGAACUUGUGCGCAUGGAUCAAGGCUCAAGCACAACCACCGAAAGCAGCACUCACCACUUCAACGCAAGCUGCUGUUCCGAGCAAACGCUUGCCACAUCGCGUUCUCCUUCACUGUGGCGACGGAUACACUGAGACUUCCAUUCUCGCCUUGGCCUACCUGAUGUACGCACGUGGUCUCAGCUUGCCAGAGGCCUACCUCGAUCUUCAGGAGCGGGCCAAGCGCUCCUUUUUCGUCUAUGCUCGCGAUGUCGCCUUCCUCAAGAAGCUAGAACACUCUGCGCCUUCCAAUGUUGAUCUCAUGGGUCCUCCUUCGAGAGCGCUGACGCCCACGCCCGCUUCGGUACGGGCUGCCCAAUCAGCCGCUGCCGCUACCAAGGAGGCCACGGCCUCCCACGCUUGGUUUACCAACCCUCGCUUCGAAGGCGCAUUCCCUUCUCGAAUCCUUCCCUUCUUGUACCUAGGCAAUCUCAACCAUGCCCUGAACCCGGCGAUGCUCCAUGCACUCGGCAUUACCCAUGUCGUCUCCGUUGGCGAGAGCGCUCUUCACCCGCCCGCUGCUUCCGCUGCAGCGCAAGCGGGACGCAUCUCUGUCCUCGACCUCAAGAACGUCUCCGAUGAUGGCAUUGACCCUCUGAGGUCUACUAUGCGUGUAGCAGUCGAGUACAUUGAGUCCGCUCGCCGAAGUGGUGGCAAGGUGCUCGUGCAUUGCCGAGUAGGUGUCUCUCGAAGCACCACCAUCGUCUUGGCCUAUGUUAUGGCGCACCUUGACAUGACUUUGGUCGAAAGCUACCUACUUGUACGCUCUCGCCGACUGUCUAUCCUCAUCCAGCCUCACCUUCUCUUCUUCUGGGAGCUGCGAGGCUGGGAGACUUUCGUGGCUUCUCAAAAGGCGAAGCGACAGCAAGCUCUGCGAGAGCAUUCUGCCAUGACAUCAGAUGGUCAGGUCGCAGCCAUCGACUGUUCCCUCGAGGCAAAGAAGCGAGCACAGCCUACUUUGCCUCCUCGCCAGCUCACCAAUAAGCCUGUCGGGGCCUCGUGCGGCUUCGCUGCAAGCCAGCAGCAAGACGACGCCUUUGACCUCGACGUCGACAUCGGGCAGGGUGCUGGAUCGCCCUAUGGCUUCGGCGUGGCCAAUGUUGCAGACAGGGCCUUUGGCUCUGGCUCUCCCAGUGGAAUCAAGGCUGACGCUCUGAGGCUCAACUGGGGAUUCCUCUGCAGAGAGAUUGCUGCCCUCAACGAAAGGUACUUUUGA